AUUUAGUGUGUAGUGCGUUUAAAGUUUAUAUUAACGAGAAAUUCGAAGAUAGAACAAACGUGAGUGAAAUUAAAUACGAUCGUGACAAUAAAUAAUCACGAUAAUUUAAAUAACGAUUGUUUAUACGUAAUUGAAAGUUAAAUACAAUGGGAAAGUCACGAAAUGGAAAGACGGCAGUUAUCUUGACGUUAAUUGCUUUUAUAUUUGUGGUUAUUGCAUUCACCACACCCAAUUGGCUUGAAACGGAUGGUAAAUUAGAGAAUCCAACAUUUAGAAAAAUUGGCUUAUGGCAGGUUUGCUUCCAAGGUUUUGAAGAUCCACAUCAUCUCUAUGAUACUAGAUUCUAUGGUUGCUGGUGGGUUUUUGAAGAAGAAUAUUAUAUCAUUCACGAUAUUCUUUUACCCGACUUCUUCGUCGCAACACAAUUUUUCUUUACUCUGUGUAUGACAUUAUUAUUAAUCGCUGGAUUUUUAACUAUAACGUAUACUUGCUGUUCUCGACAUCAUGAAAAAUUUCAAUUGCUUUUAUGGGCAACUGGAGGAUCUUUAAAUUUAGCUGGAUUAUGCGGCAUUAUUUCUGUUAUAAUAUUUGGUGCCAGGGGUGAUGGACGUGAUUGGUUGCCCAAUUGGGAACACAAUGAUGUCAGUUGGUCAUUCGCUUUAGCAGUUGUUGGUAGCUUCACAGCAAUUGCCUCUGGUAUACUCUUUUUAAUUGAAGGGCGUAGAUAUAAAAAGAAAGUAGAACGAAUAUUGAAUGAAGAACAAAAAACGCACACUACUAUUUAAUGCAUUCUUAUAUGAUUUAUGCUAUUUUAUUUAUAGCAGAGAUUAAAUUAAAUAUUUUUAGCAUUAGGGCAUGUGUUCAGAAAGCAUGCAUUGCAUAAAUACAAAUAAAAAUCCGUCCAGGCACAAGUGCAUUCGCUAUAUCUAAUAUAGUAAAUUGCAAUAUGCCUAAAUAUAUAUUAUAUAUAUAUAUCAUCUAAGAAAUAUUAGAAAGACUAAUAAUUGUAUACAUGUUAAUAUUACGCUUUUUUAUGAUUUUAUAUACAAUGUUAUAUAUCCAAAUUUAUAUGUAUAAUGUGUUUUAAACACUUUCAUAGUUAUACAUUUGAAUCUUAAGAGAUCAUAAGAGACUAUAUUUAUAAAUCAUGAAUUCUAGAGAGUAUUUAGAUAAAGUUUGUUGCAUUUCUUAGACUGUACAUCAUGUAUCAUUAAUUCCGUCCAUAAUAAUAUUAAUUUUUAUAAAAAAAACAAAAAAAAAAAGGAAAACCAGUAGUAUCUGUAAAUAUCAACUAUUGUAUAUAAAGUUUCUAUAUAGUCUUAAAAAAAAAGAAAAAAAAAAGAUAUGCUAUAUUUUUUACAUCAUGUAACAUGUAUUAAAGAUUAAUUAUUUAAUAAAAUCACUCUUUAAGAUACUAAUUACCAAUUAGUAUCUUAAGAUUAAACGCACACUUCAAAAUUUUAUAUACAUAAUAUAUAAAUCACUGUGUUAAUUUUCCCUAUUGAUUACUGAACAGUAUAUAUAUGUUCAGCUAUUCAUACCAAUGUAUCUUAGUUUCUGAGAUAUUGUUAAAUUAUAGAAAAAUGUGUAAUUGCCUUUAUAUUUUAAACAUUAGAAACACAAAUAUCUUUUAAGAAACUUUUUAUAGAAUAACGAGCGCCUAAAUAUGUAAUUUAGGAAUCGUGAAUCCGAGAUCGUUUAAUGAAUUCUGUUCAUUUUUUUUUUUUUUUAUUUCUUCAAUGUAAAUGAACAUAAUUAAUUUAUUCUUUUUGCAUGUAUAUAUUAUAUAUUAUUUUUACAAAAAUCAAAACAUGAGUAUUAUUAUUAUUACUAC